CGAAGAACGAGAACAGACAAGUUGAUACAUCAUCUAAUAUGUCGUUUAAGUGGUAACAUGUCGGUGAAUGUUGAUGUUUUAUUUUUAUCAAAAAGGUGAGGUGACUGAAUGAGACGCAGCUCGACAUUGUAACAGUCGUACUUCGUGGGUCACGUGACAGAUGACGUACAAAUAGGAGACCCCAGUGGCGACAGGGGCAGUCAUUCAGUAGGAGCGAGGCAGCAGCAGACGACAGGGAGCCGCAGUGCACUUGGGGGAACGUCUGCGCGAUCUCGAGUUCUCGGCGAUAAUGUCUGACCUCUCUCUCACCCAUUCAGCUGGCGUGAAAACAUCGUCUGUGUCCUUUUGAAGCCGUGCUAGCAGCAAACUUCAGUUGUACUCAGAAACACGGUCUGUUCACACAACGCCAAGUUAUUCUGCGCCAGAUAUUGUACGGGAGGCGUUGUACGCCAUCGAAAAACAUCUGGAUUGCUUAUAUACAGCUGACAACAUGGGGAGACUGGCUGGAAACAACAAUUUCAAGUGUGUCGUCGUUGGGGAUGGUGGCGUCGGAAAAACCAGUAUGCUGCUUCGCUACGUCAACAACGACUUUUUGGUUGAGUACAUGCCUACCUGCUUCGACAGUUAUUCAGUUCCUUUGCAUCUCGGGGAAAAACAAGGCACAAUGGAGCUAAUUGAUACGGCAGGACAGGAGACCUACGACAGGUUGCGCACCCUCAGCUACUACGACACCGACAUAUUCGUCGUCUGCUUCUCCGUCGGCAGCGUCGAUUCCUUCAUCAACAUACGCAGCCGUUGGCUGCCCGAGCUGCGCGACUACCGGCCUGACACGCCCUUCCUGCUGGUCGGCACUCAGUCGGACCUGCGCGAGACCAGAGACGGUGGGGCUGAAGCCUUGGUGUCCUCCCACAAAGCCAAAAGGCUUGCACGGAAGCUGGGAGCUAUAGGGUACGUGGAGUGCUCUGCCCUUACUGGACACGGACUGGACCGAGUCUUCUGGCAGGCCACUGCAUGUGCCGUGCAGCCUCAGAAGAAGAGUAAAUUUUGGUCCAGCAUCAAAAACAUUUUCGUCAAGCGAUGAGGCACAGUUAAGAAGGAUUUUGAUAACAGGGCAAAAUACAUUUAUUUCUAUUAAAAUAUAUUUUAUAGAAGACAUUCCACAGCACUGGUCUUUGGCCAGAGAACGAUGUUAAAAACCGUGGCCAAGGUGAGGGUCGUGCACUUCCAGGAGAACGGAGUUGGACUUCCCGUACUUUUGUUAUUUCAAGAGUGUGGAUGUCUGCUGUGCAAUUCAAUAUUCUCAGUAUAUAAGAAAGUGAAUAGCAGUGUGUGUGUCUGUGUGUCUGUGUGAAUGCUUACGUGUGUGCAAGUAUUGGGCAUAUAUGUAUAUGCAUACACUUGUAUAUAUUUGUGUGUGUGCAUGUGGUUCAGAAAUACUUGUCAUAUAUAUAUAUCCACGCACACAAGCAGUCUUGCUUACGUUACUUAAAAUUUGUAUUUUUCCAUUUUUCACUUGUUCUAGUAUUUCUGAGAUCAAAGUUCUCGAAGAGAAAGAUAUUAAAAACGGAUAGCUAAAUUAA